CAAUAAUAUUGGCUUAUAUCUCUUCCACCCUUUCCACCUCCCUAUCCCUUCACCUCAAACCACCAUGAACGCUGCACUGGCGACAAGAGGCAUUCUCCGAAUUCCUAGGUUGGCCCGCGGAUAUGCGGCGCCUCCCAAGCCGCAUCACAAGAUUCUUGUAGUUGGGGGAGGUUCGGGAGGGCUGAGCGUUGCUAAUCAGGUGUAUAACCGCUUCAAAGAGGAGGGGAAAGCACUUGGGGAUGGAGACGUAGCGAUCGUCGACGCCGCAGAAUGGCACAGCUACCAACCAGGGUGGACACUCGUUGGUGCUGGUCUGCAAUCGAAGGUCGACCUUCGCCGACGGCUGGUGGACCUCAUUCCUGCUCACAUCGCCCUCGUUCCCCAAAAUGUUGCUUCCUUCCAACCCGAGUUCAACAGCGUCACGCUCACCACGGGCGAAUCGGUCACAUACGACUCCCUCAUAGUCUCUGCAGGCAUGAAGACCAACUGGGAUAACAUCAAAGGCUUUUCUGCUGCCCUGGCCGAUUAUACGAGUGGAGUGAGCAGCAUCUACAGCUACGAGACGUGUGACAAGACAUGGGCCGAUAUCGAGUCAUUCCGGGGGGGCAAGGCGUUGUUCACCCAACCAGCGGGCGUGAUCAAGUGUGCCGGAGCACCACAGAAGAUUAUGUGGAUGGCGUGGGACCGAUGGCGGCGGACCAAGCGCCUGAACGAGACGGAGAUCGAGUUCGUUACCGGCAUGCCUUCCAUGUUCAGCGUGAAGAAAUACUCGGACGCGUUGAAUGCUCUGCGGGUAAAGCGUGGGAUUGAGGCAUCCUUCGAGCAUAAUCUUGUGGAGAUUGAUCAUCGCGCACAUAUCGCAAAGUUCAAGAAGCCCGACGGGGAGAUCGUAGAGAAGGAAUACACGCUCCUGCACGCAACGCCUCCGAUGGGUCCGCUCGACUUUAUCAAGAACUCCCCUCUGGCGGACAGCGUCGGAUGGGUAGACGUUGACCAGUUUACGCUGAGGCACAAGAAGUAUCCAAACGUUUGGAGCUUGGGUGACUGUAGUAGCUUGCCGACUAGCAAGACUGCUGCUGCCAUUACCGUCCAGACGCCCGUGCUCGUGGACAACCUUUAUCGGGUUGCGGAGACUGGCGAGAUUGGAGGUGCACAGUAUGAUGGGUACACGUCUUGUCCUCUCCUCAUUGGGUACGGCGAACUUAUGCUCGCGGAGUUCACCUACGGCGGCGUACCAAAGGAGACGUUCCACAGUAUGCUAGGCAUCGACCAGGUGACUCCGCGCCGGUUCUUCUACCACCUGAAGAAGGAUAUCUUUCCGCUCACUUACUUCAACUAUAUGACCAAGGGGCUUUGGUACGGCCCACAUCUAGUCACCCGGCCGAAGUACCCUGCUAAAGCGGAGGUGGCUGCUACUGCUUGAGGGUUUAGUAAGGAGUCAAGAAAGUAUGAUAGAUAUAUUUUGAUUAGAUUAUUGUAUGCUAGUGUAUGCAUUAUCAAUAGACCACUUCGC